AUGAUCGCCGAUCGGGGAGAGAGGUGCGUGUGGUGCAUCAACACCGAGGGAGACGAGCUUAUCAAGACAAUCGGAGACGGUCACAUCCAAGACCCGUACGGCAUUGCGGUGGCAAAGGACGGGAAGAUUGUGGUGUCAGAAAGUGAAUCAGACUGUGUCUCAGUGUUUGGAGACGACGGAGAGCUCCUGCACUAUUUCGGAGGGACAGGGACAGAGGAGGGCCAGCUAUGUCGACCAAACCAUGUCUUUGUUGACUCCAACAUGAAGAUUUAUGUUGCCGACACACAGAACAAGCGUGUGCAGAUAUUUUCACUGCCAGAGGAGGGCCUUUAUCAGAACUAA